AUGGUUCAAUUAAAUAUCUUACUAUUCCCAGGCUGUGAGGACAUCGUGGUGGAGAGCCUGUCCCUGGACUCCCUGGUCCCCAUCCUGAAGUGGAGCUGUCAGCCUUACGGCUCCAAGUGGGUCUAUCGCCAGGCCCUGCACUUCCUGUGUGAGGAGUUCAGCCAGGUCAUGACCUCUGACGUACUCUACGAGCUUAGCAAGGAGCACCUGCUCACCGCCAUCCAGUCAGACUACCUGCAGGUGACCACUGCUGUCUGUGUGAUUGGACUGAAUGCAUUUACCAAUGAUGUUAUCCUGUCUAAAUUACUCCAUUUGUUGUCAGUGCUUUGAUUAUAAUGGCUGACAAAAUAAAUAUGUAACUGCAUCUUUUUAUGUAUUUUCACCCCUCCAGUUCUCACGCAAAUCUGCGAGACAGCUAGGGCAUGAUUGGUUUGAUAACAUUAUUUAGUGAAGUGGCUUCACGCACACAGAUGCAUAAACCCAAACACACAUAGUCUGGAGCACAGACAGUGAGAACAUUCCCUGGAGGCAUUGCCUUCAAGCUGAGCUCUGGUCUGCUCUGCUGUGCCAAGCUCCCUGGGUGUCACACAGGAUGGCUGAGGUGAAACGCUGUACUCCAACCAGACAAAUACAACACUCGGCCACAACUACACCGUGUCACACCAUCAACCACAAAUGCAAGCAUCCUCACUGCAAUGUUUAACCUUGUCAUUACUCGUUUCCUUCCCUAUCACCAUCCCCCAAUCUUCCUCUCUCUCUUUCACAGGCGAGUGAGCAGGACAUUCUCAAGUACGUUGUGAAGUGGGGCGAGCAGCAGCUUAUUAAGAGGAUGACAGACAGGGGUAAGAUAAUACACCUCAUAAUUACCCUCAGAGCAGGCCCCCUAAUGGCUCUGGGAAAAUACACUCCAAAGGGCUAUAAAAGAAGCCAAGUUUUAUCCUUAAAAUGGGAGACUGAAGCACCUCAAUCGUAGAUUGCAGUAUUUUGUUUUUGUGUGACUCUGAACCCGACUGAAAAUACUGUAUCAUAAAACAAUAAUGAGUCUAGUGUGUGUGUGUGUGUGUGUGUGUGUGUUGGCCGUACUAACCAUAGAAUUACAAAAAUAAUCACUACUAACUGUGUGUUUUUUGCGGCUGGUUUCUUUUCCCAGAGCCCAACGUGCUGAGCGGGACGGCCCACAGUGUGAACAAGCGGGGGGUGAAGAGGAGGGACCUGGAUUUGGAAGAACUGAAGGAGAUCCUGUCCCCGCUGCUACCCUUCAUCCGCACCGAGCACAUUCUCCCUGCCAACAGCGACGUCCUCUCUGACGCGGUCAGUAGCCAUGGAUGAUGCGUCAUAUGUUGGCUUCAAUACAGUUUCUGCUGCCAAUACAUAAAGUGCAACCUAUCUAUCAUGUUGACUGACCUGUCCCUCUAGGUGUGUUCUCUUUAAAUCAUCCCCCUCCUCUUCCCGUCCACAGACGAAGAGGGGUCUGAUCAGCACACCUCCCUCGGACAUGCUGCCCAUGACAGAGGGGGGCAAGGCCAAUUCUUGGUUGCGACAGAAGAACGCUGGCAUCUACGUGCGGCCCCGCCUCUUCUCUCCCUAUGUAGAGGAAGCCAAGGUAGGACACUCAGCAUUGAGGGGUUAAUGACGAUCAGCACGGUUAACAGAGUGCAGGUUAUCUCUGUUCGAUCUCGUCUCUCUAAGAGGGUUUGGGUCAGGCCGAGGUCGGACAGACUCCUAACCCGUCUCCUUCUCCCAUCAGUCUGUGCUGGAUGAGAUGAUGGUGGAGCAGACAGAUCUGGUGCGUCUGCGUUUGGUGCGCAUGUCCAACGUGCCUGACACCCUCUACAUGGUCAACAACACCGUGCCACAGUGCUGUCACAUGAUCAACCAUCAGCAGAUGGCCAGCAACCAGACCACCGUCCCGUCCGUGGUGGCCAAUGAGAUCCCAGGUUAAAGGAGAAGACUGGUGCCAAUAAGGAAGCCAUUUUGUAUAACAUAUUAGUAACAUUUACAUGGUCCACUAAUCAUCUGUGUGUCUGUGUGUCCUGUCAGUACCCAGACUGGCGGUGGUGAAGGACAUGAUCCGGAGACUGCAGGAGCUGAGGCACACAGACCAGGUCCAGAGGUCCUACGCCCUAAACUGUGGCGAGGGGGCCACCGUCAGCUAUGAGCUGCAGUUGCGUGUGCUGAGGGAGUUUGGCCUGGCGGACGGAGCCACUGAGCUACUGCAGGUGAGAGGAAACACCCUUGGGUACAGGGAGGACCAGGUCUGAGAAUGUAACCAGGCUGUAGACUGAUAGAGACUUCGUGUACUAUGCUGAUGACUUGUAUGUGUUGUAGUUGAAGACCAUUUAGAUGCUAAUGCUAAAUCUUUUGUUUGUUUAUUCUCAGAACCCUUACAAGUUCUUCCCUGAGGAGCGUUUUGGAGACGAGAGUCCGGUUCUGGCCCUGCGCCAGGCAGGACGUUGUCGGGUCAACAGCAGCCCAGCGAUGGACAGCAUGUUCUCAGACCUGGAGGGCAUGGCUGGGUUUCACCCCCCGCUGCCUCCCCCUCCACCCCCGUACCACCCCCCUGCCACCCCCAGCCAUGCCCAGCUGAAGGGGGCCUGGAGGCCCCAUGUACCCAUCCCACCCCCCACCCGCUCCUUCUCCUACCCCUGUAACCGCACCCAGCUCCAGCUCCACGCCUCAGCCAAGCAUGGCAGCCCUGACUACCCCUCCGCCCCCAGGCCUCCACCUCCAGACUGCACCAACCCCCAGGCCAUUGGCCGAGCCCUGCUUGCAGAACCACAGGUGAAGAUCCACAUGUCAUGCUGUGUGUGUAUUGCUUUUGGUCAUUGUAGCUGUAGAAGUGUAUUGUGCUGUGUUCAUGUAUAGCUCUAACUAGCUGUGUUUGUGUGCUUCUGUUUGUCUCUCCAGCUGAGCAUGGAGCCUGUGAUGAGGGAGUUCAUGCCUGACAUCGCUCUGGGCGUCUCUGUCAUGACCCUGAGGGAGCACCAUAUGGGGGACGGUCACAACCCUCACCCUCAUGGCCCCAUGGCCCCCCCGACUCCACACCUCCCCCCCGGACCCUGUCCCUCAACUCGCCUCAGCCUCAGCCAUGGCCACGCUCAUUCCUGUAAGAGGCACGCUCCAGAGCCCAAGCUGGAGGCCCAGGCAGAGUUCCCUGACCUCUACGACUUCUCCUGCCGACCAGCCACCCCGACCUCCAGCCACCCCCUGGGCCCCUUCGCAGGGCCAGACCUCUACAGCCACAGCUCCUCCAGCAGCUUCCCUCCCUCCUACAUGUCUGACACCCAGGGACGAACAGCCGAGGCACGCUCUGACCCCCUGCGCCUGGACGUGCUGGGCCUGCCCCCCCAGCGGCUAGAUGGAGCUCUGGCUAAUCCCUCUAGUUCCCAGGCCAAGGCAGGACAUGUCCCUAGAGGACGAUCAAACAAUGAGACUGACCUCACUCACGGCCUUGGCCACUUGUGGGGCUCCGCUAGUGGAAACCUAGACGGGUAUGAGGAGCGGCCAUCGGCCCACAGUGAACCCCAGGAGGAGAUGGGGGUUACUGGCGAGUCCACAGGGUCAGGGGCCCAGCAGCCUCAUAGAAAUAGUGUUAGCGAGGAGGCUAACAGAGACCGCAGGUCGCCUAACAAGCCUGACUACCCUUACAAGAAGUCAGCACUUUAA